CCUCCAUUUGCUUUCUUCCUCAGACGUAUUCUCUCCUCCGUCCUCUCCUCUCCCUCCAGAUUUCAGAUAGAAACGAUUUUCCGGCUUCUCCGAUCUGCCCCGUGAAGUCCCUGUGUCCGGCUUAACGGCAGCUUCCGAACUCCACCACCACUCCUUCCAGCCGAGAGCUUCACUGCGCGCUGAGACUCUUUUCCCUCGGGUACUCGCUCUCCCUUCCCCCCCAAUUUCCAGCGUGGGCUGUGAUCCUCCUCGUUUCCCCGUUCCCGAUAGCUGAUCCGCUUGGGCAGAGUCCCCGGUUCCUCCCACACCCUCUCCCCCCCCCAGACGCAUCAUUGCUCCUGCGCAUCCCACGCCAUGUCGACCGUCCGGUUCAGUUCCGCAUUGGCGCGCCGUGCCCCUCUGCCUGCCCCUCUCUCUUCCUCCGCUCGCCGCUUCCUCUCUUCUUCCUCUUCUAUUUCUUCCUCCUCCUCUGCUGUCUCUACUCGCUCCCCCAGAUCUCUUACCUCUGCCUCUUCCCUGCUCUCAACUCGCUCCGCUGCUGCCCGCUGGACCGGCCUUUCUUCGUUGAACCUUACUCAAUCCCGCACCAUGGCUACCGAAAUCCCCAAGAUCAAGGUCAAGAACCCCGUCGUGGAACUCGACGGUGAUGAGAUGACCCGUAUCAUCUGGCAGGAGAUUAGAGAGAAGUUGAUUCUGCCUUACCUUGACAUCGACCUCAAGUACUACGAUCUGGGUCUGGAAUACCGUGAUCAGACCGAUGACAAGGUCACCGUCGAGGCUGCCGAGGCCAUCAAGAAGUAUGGUGUCGGUGUCAAGUGCGCCACCAUCACUCCCGAUGAGGCUCGUGUUGAGGAAUUCAAGCUGAAGAAGAUGUGGCUGUCUCCCAACGGUACCAUCCGUAACAUUCUCAACGGUACCGUCUUCCGUGAGCCCAUCAUCAUCCCCCGCAUCCCUCGUCUCGUCCCCGGAUGGAACAAGCCCAUUGUCAUCGGUCGUCACGCCUUCGGUGACCAGUACCGCGCCCAGGACCGUGUCAUUCCCGGACCUGGUAAGCUGCAGCUCGUCUACACCCCCGAGGGUGGCGAGCCUGAGACCAUCAACGUCUACGACUUCCAGGGUGGUGGUGUUGCCCAGACCCAGUACAACACUGAUGAGUCGAUCCGUGGCUUCGCCCAUGCCAGUUUCCAGAUGGCCCUGCUUAAGGGUCUCCCUCUGUACAUGAGCACCAAGAACACCAUCCUGAAGAAGUACGAUGGUCGCUUCAAGGACAUCUUCCAGGAAAUCUACGAGGCUUCCUACCAGAAGCAGUUCGAGGCCAAGAACAUCUGGUACGAGCACCGUCUCAUUGACGACAUGGUCGCCCAGAUGAUCAAGAGUGAGGGUGGAUUCGUCAUGGCCCUGAAGAACUACGACGGUGACGUUCAGUCCGACAUCGUCGCCCAGGGCUUCGGCUCCCUUGGUCUGAUGACCUCGACCCUGGCUACCCCCACUGGCGAUGCCUUUGAGUCCGAGGCUGCCCACGGUACCGUGACUCGUCACUACCGCGAGCACCAGAAGGGCCGUGAGACCUCCACCAACCCCAUUGCUUCCAUCUUCGCCUGGACUCGCGGUCUGAUCCAGCGUGGUAAGGUGGAUGAGACCCCUGAGGUGGUUGCCUUCGCCGAGGCGCUCGAGAGUGCCUGCAUUGACGUUGUGAACGAGGAGGGCAUCAUGACCAAGGAUCUGGCCCUCGCCUGCGGCCGCAAGGACCGCGAGGCCUGGGUUACCACCCGCGAGUACAUGGCUGCUGUCGAGCGCAGACUCAAGUCCAACCUCAAAGCCCGCCUUUAAAUACCCAUCGCACAUGUUGAUUUUGCAUUGAUAUACUAACGCUAGCGUGCGGCUCGGAGAGUCGAAUCAUUUCCAAUAUACGGGUUGCAUUUGCGGAGACCACUUGUACAUUUUUUAGGACGGCGGGGAUGUAGAAUGACGGUCCGGUCG